AUGACCGCCGUUCUGGAUCUCAACCAGAUUGCCAUUGCCUGUUCGGCCAUUGGUGUGGUGGUGAGUGGGACUGUCUGUUAGGUUGUGUUUAUUGCUGAUCCCAUCGUCAGUCACCCUCAGUGGCCUGCAUGUUGCUUGAGCUCUGACUCUGAGCAGCGGUGUGUCUGAUUUCUCUGGGUUGUUUCUCAGGGGUGUGAUCUCUAUGGCAUGGGAAGGUGUGUGUUAGGCACUGUGGCGAUAUGGGUGAGCGUAUGACUGAGGAAACGAGAAACCUGCUGCGCAUAUUUGUGCUAGUGAGUGUGACUGUAUGUUUGUAGCGUUCGUGACCAAGAAAUAAUGCAUGCGUCUGUCUGUUUGUGUCGGUCUCUGUGUGUGUUUUAUUCUUCCUCUCCUCUUACUGAUGAAUAUCCAGCAGAAGGAGAAUGAACAGUGUUGUCAGUGUAUCAAUACACCAGGGAGGUAGAGGGUUUGAAAAGGGUUUGAUAUUCUCAAGGCCCCUGACUGUGACAAUCAGACUGGGGGAAAUAAGGCAGGCCUCUACCAAGUGGAAGGCAUGGCGAAGGUGGGAGAGGACAGAGACCGCAUUGUUUACCCCAUCCAGUGGAGUGAAGGGUGUGACAAGACUAAUGGUGGAGAGGUAGGGAGGAUGGGGUUUAGUACUGGAGGUGGGGUGGGUUUUAGUACUGGGUGGGGUUUAGUGCUGGGGGUGGGGUUUAGUACUGGGGGCUGGGCGAUAUAUCAAAUUAAUUUGAAUAUGUUUUUGCUCGAUGUUUGAAAUGCAUGUAUCGGAAUAGUCUAUUUUUGGAUUUCAUUUUUUUAUUUGCGUUUGUCCGCUUGUUCUAAUGUUGUCUUCUCAUCUUCUCGUGUCCUUUGCUCCUUCUGUGCUGUGUGCAUCUCUCCAUUUACAUCAGAGAUCUGAAUAUAAAGACGAGAUGCUCCUGUCUCUGCCCUAACAAUGGGAGUCAUUGUCCCAAAGGCGAGAAGGCAGGCGACAAGCUUAAUAAGCCCAUAGAAGUGCAUUGGGGUUAUUUUGCUCAGGAAUCAAGCUGGGAUGUUAUCCAGUCGUGUUGCUUUCUGUUUGUGAAGAUCUUGUGGUCCUCUGUAGCUCAGCUGGUAGAGCUUGGCGCUUGUAACGCCAAGGUAGUGGGUUCGAUCCCCGGGACCACCCAUACGUAAAAAUGUAUGCACGCAUGACUGUAAGUCGCUUUGGAUAAAAGCGUCUGCUAAAUGGCAUAUUAUUAUUAUUAUUAUUAUUAUUAUUAUUAUUAUUAUUAUUAUUAUAUUAUUAUAUUAUCUUUAAACAUCUUUGAAACAUCUGAAGUUGAAACCUCGUAAAAUGCAAACUGUCCUUCGGAGAUGCCCAUGGCUGAAUAAUAGGUUUCAAUAGGAUGGUUUCCAAAUGUGCCAGAGCAUUCUGGGAGUUGGUCAACAAGGUUGCUGGCAAUGGUGGUGAAAAACUCUUGAAAGUUUAUCAGAACACCUGCCUCUCCUCCUGCUGAACCAUCUUUGAACCCCUCUUCCUCAUUUAGCAUAAAGUGGCUCUACAAAACAACACCACCGAUAUGAUGAUUACCAUGUUGCUUUUCCCUCUAUAAUAUGGAACAGCAGGAUCUGUGUUGUCGUGGUAACCGAUAGUGUUCAGCUUUUCUCUUUUAACUUGUUGCAUAUGAAGUGGCUCCUCUCGGUUUGUCUUUGUUGUCGUUCAGAGGGGGUGAAUUUGAGGCUUUUACCAAUGAAUACUGACAUUUUAGGCUUUCGUAUGGGUAUUGUUUACACUUCAAAUGCCACCUCAGAUUCCCACGCCCCUUGAGAAAUGGGUCCAGACUUGCAAUGCUCUCUGAAUGACACGAUCUAGACCAGGGGUAGUAGGGCUGGGAAUUGCCAGGGACCUCACGAUUCUAUAUGUAUUGCGACUCAACACUGAUUUUAUUGUGAUUCGAUGGUUCCAAAAAUGUUGCUCAACAUAUGUCUGCUGCAGAGGGACGAGUGAGCCAUGAGAAAACACGUUUUGAUCAGUCAUGGAAAUAAAAGCACUAAAAACAAACUGGCUCCCUAUUUAAAAACAAGAUAGAGAUCAAGCUUUGAAUUAAAAAAUACUGGAGGUAAUGCCAACUAGCGCAUAAAAUAUUGUCAAAACGAUACAAUAUAUCAUAAAAAAUGAUAUCCCGAUAUGUAACUGUAUACAUCCCCCCCCCCCAUCACUAAGGGGUAGGUAACUAGAUUCAGGCAUGAUCGGGGGGCCGGAACAUAAUUAUAAUAAUUUGUACACUGCAAAUUGGCCACAACUUUGAAAAUAAGGUAACACUUUAUUUGGAUAGUCCGUCUGUAGUUUAUCUACAGACUAUCAGUACCAUUUCCACUAUCUACUAACCCUAACCUUAACCCUUAUUCUAAACCUAACCGUAACCUUAGCAAGCAGUUGCUUAUCAACAGAUAAUUGAUCUGUAGAUGCUCUACAGAUGGUCAUACUAUCUGGACUAUCCAAAGUGUGAGCGAAAAUAACAAUUUCAUACCUUGAUUACAUUGAGACACGAUAACAGUUUUUAUUAAUUUUUUUUACUUUGUAAUGUUUUUACUAAAAAGUUUGGGGGGGGGGCAAAAAGAAUCACUUGCAGCCCAUUCUUCUCAGGAUACUACUGCAGCAGAUCCCCUCUCCCCAUCACCUGACCCCUCCAUUGUGACAACCACAGCCUUCCUGUCUUUAGUCACAAGCCAAAUAUCAGCGGUGCACAGCCCCCUCAACCUUCUGCCGUGAAUACGUUUUAAAAAAGUUAUUGGGACUGCUGCUGUUUUCAAAGCAUUGAGUGCUUCGUUUUCUUUGGUCAAGGCCACCAUUGACUCGGAAGCUAUUUGAGGUCCUUGAUGUUUCAGAAGAAAAAGCAAUGUUGCUUUUUGUCUUUAUCUCAGGCUUCCAUUUCAUCUGGUAGAUAAAAGCCCCAGGCUACUAAAUAUCAUUUUCCUUGUUGUUUAUCCUACAGUUGUGGCAAUCCCUGUCUACUGAAGCCUCUUUGAUCAGAGUCGUCAUGUUCAACAUGGUUACAGGUGUCUGUGUGAGGGACCUCGCAUGAAUCCUCCAUCUCUCAAACACAACCUUUCACACAGCCAAGCCUUUCAACCCGUAUCCUCCAUCUCUCACAAACACAACCUUUCACACAGACAAGCCUUUCAACCCGUAUCCUCCAUCUCUCACAAACACAACCUUUCACACAGCCAAGCCUUUCAACCCGUAUCCUCCAUCUCUCACAAACACAACCUUUCACACAGCCAAGCCUUUCAACCCGUAUCCUCCAUCUCUCACAAACACAACCUUUCACACAGCCAAGCCUUUCAACCCGUAUCCUCCAUCUCUCACAAACACAACCUUUCACACAGCCAAGCCUUUCAACCCGUAUCCUCCAUCUCUCACAAACACAACCUUUCACACAGCCAAGCCUUUCAACCCAUAUCCUCCAUCUCUCACAAACACAACCUUUCACACAGCCAAGCCUUUCAACCCGUAUCCUCCAUCUCUCACAAACACAACCUUUCACACAGCCAAGCCUUUCAACCCGUAUCCUCCAUCUCUCACAAACACAACCUUUCACACAGCCAAGCCUUUCAACCCGUAUCCUCCAUCUCUCACAAACACAACCUUUCACACAGCCAAGCCUUUCAACCCGUAUCCUCCAUCUCUCACAAACACAACCUUUCACACAGCCAAGCCUUUCAACCCGUAUCCUCCAUCUCUCACAAACACAACCUUUCACACAGCCAAGCCUUUCAACCCAUAUCCUCCAUCUCUCACAAACACAACCUUUCACACAGCCAAGCCUUUCAACCCGUAUCCUCCAUCUCUCACAAACACAACCUUUCACACAGCCAAGCCUUUCAACCCGUAUCCUCCAUCUCUCACAAACACAACCUUUCACACAGCCAAGCCUUUCAACCCAUAUCUUCUAUUUUUGCUCCUCCUCACCAAGAUGAGAGUGUGACUCUGCCAGGUGUCAGCGCAGCUGAGCGAGGUGUUUUAUACAGGCCAGGGUUGAACAACCAUCAUCCGUAUUGUAUUGUAUUGUAUUGUAUUGUAUUGUAUUGUAUUGUAUAGCUAUUCCUUCUCUAACCAGUUUUUAUUUCUACUUGAAGUGACUGGUUAUCAUAGGUUUGCUUUUUGCAGUCAUGGCUGAACAGACUGGUUUAGCCUGAUCUCAAACCUACCCCCUCCCAGACCCCAUGGUGUUGAGUAUUGCUCAAUGUUCUGGUGACGUGGCUGAUUCUGAACAGUUGCUGAGAGGCCCUCAUGUCUCAGCAUGGCGUCUUUCCAUCCAGUUUAGAUCUCUUGACGCAGUACGGCCCUCAAACCACCAUCUCUGUGGUUUUCAGCUGCACCAAUGGACGGAAGCUGAACACCGAAGUAGGCACAUGCAUUUAGUAGUGCUCCUCUAUUUGGGUCUCUGCUUGUUUAUUGGAGUACUCGAUAAAAACAAAAUGGCCACCGCGACAUUAUUGCUACCAUACAGAAACAUGCAUCACACUAGGCUAUAGUAGCAGAGUGCUUACUAGGAAAGUCUAUGGUUCUGUCACACCUCUAUAUGCAUUGCCUUCAUUUACUUUUUGAUGUUGUGUUCCUGUGUUGAAUAAAUGUGUGUGUGGAAGAAGUUGUGACCUGUUAAAUUACAUUUAAUGUUGAAUUAGAGUCAGGCCUAAGGGCUGUGGACGGACAGAGAUUUCCAUCCCCACAUAAUGAGAUUAGCCAGACGUCAGAGGAUGUUAUCUGGUGGCAGGCAGUGUGUCUGUGAGACGGGACAGGUAGCAGGCCCUCUACUUAUCCACACAACAUCCUGCGUUACGUGUGUGGCAGUGAGAUGAGACUCUACAGUGUGCACGUAUCCGUCUGGUGUGGUGCCAACGUCACCUCUGACAUUAGCCAUGCCGCUCACACGCAGCGGUCAUUGUCAUGAUGAUCCAGCCUCCGUUAUCAAUCUAGGUCAUCCUCUAGACCUGCUGAAGAGGACCCUGCUUUCAACAGUACUACUGUAUGACCUGCACAUCCUCACACUUAGCCUCGCUGAGGAAGUGAUUUUCUGUCUCCUACUGACACUAGCAAGUGUCCUACUCGGUGUAUGAAUUAAUAAUUAAUAUGUGUUUUUUCUCAAAUCUGCACCUGUAUAGUGCUAUGACUGGCACUAAAAGGCUGGCUCCUCUAAGCUCUACAGACACCGCCGGCCCUGACCCAGACCAUGCGGUCUUGUAUUUCAGGAGCAUGACAUCGAGACCCCCCAUGGUGUUCUGCACGUGACGAUGAGGGGAACCCCCAAGGGCAACAGACCAGUCAUCCUCACCUACCAUGACAUUGGUCUCAACCGUGAGUGUACACACACACACACACACACACACACACACACACACACACACACACACAUAUAUUCAGGCUCUCAUUAGUUUAGCUAGGCUUUGAAAUCUCUCCAAACACCCCUAAAAUGCAUAAUAUCAUGGGUGAAUUCUCAUUAGAACAGUUGGCGCUUUAGAGAUGUAAGAAACUGGAGGGUUGAAGGUAGAAAUCUUCUUGAGCUUUGGGGAUAUGAGCCACUAUGUCAGACUGGAUCGCCCCAACACUUGGCUGCCUCAUUGUAAAACAACACUGAGUUUUUCAGUGUAUUUUUUGGUUGAUUACUGGUAUGGGAUGGGAUUUGUUGACAUGCUCAAGAUUACAUUCAGUGUUGUAGUUUUUGUUAGAUGUACAUUUGAGUAGGAUGUGACCAGUAAAUGAGGUGUCUUUAAACAGUGCUGGGUCUCUCUUCCCCCUGCAGAUAAGUCCUGUUUCAACACACUGUUCAACUUUGAAGACAUGCAGGAGAUCACAUCACACUUUGCUGUGGUCCACGUGGACGCCCCAGGACAGCAGGAGGCUGCUCCCCCAUUCCCCACA